AUGAGCUUGAAGGUCGAAGAGCUGAAGCUCGUUGGCGAACGCCUGCACUACAAGCGCUUGACAGGUACUGGGCCGGAAGAGGGCUGGAUCAGCCUGAAGGUUAGUGGCAAGGAGCUAGUCGUCAGGAAAGACGAGGACGACACUCCCCCGGAAGACGUGGGUGGACCUGGAGACGCCGCAGGAGCUGUUGAGACUGAUGCCGCUCUCAAGAGCAAGCUUGAAGCUGACUCGAAGGCCAAGAAAGAUGAAGGGGCACUUCUGCUGUACUGCAUGAAGUACAAGGUCCUCGGCUUCCCCUUGGACAAGCCUAAGCUGCGAAUUCUGUGCUUCCACAAUGCUGGCAGUGCAGAGUCCAUCUACACAGGGCCUGGCACUCCUUUCAUCAGCUGGAUCAAGGAGAGCAAGCAGAUCGAGCUUCUGGCCUUCGACUACCCAGGGCGAGACAAGCUGCUGAAGGCCACGAAGCACACGAGCACGGAGACCCUCGCUCCGGAUCUGCUCGCCGUGGCCCACGAGAAGCUCACGGACGGCGUGCCUUACUUGGUCUGGGGCCACUCCGUCGGAACCUGGGUGGGCUUUGAGUUUUUGAUGCUCUGCCGAAAGGUGGGCAUUCCCAUGCCCCUGGCCGCCUUCUUCGUGACGUUCCCGGCCCCCCACUAUCCAGAAGCCAAGCGACCUUGGCGGCGAAAUGCCAGGUUGAGCGACUCGCAGUUUCAGGAGGAAGUCAAGGCCUGGGACAAGGAGCACUUCGGCGGGGCAGCCAAGGUUGUCUUCGAAGAGAGCUGGAAGGACACGUGGGAGCCGAUGAUGCGGGCCGACUUCAAGCUCUUCGACGAGUACAAGUUCCGCCAUGCGGGAGCCCCCAAGUUCGACUUCCCCCUCCACUGCUGGUGGUGCGAGGGUGAGCAUUUCAUCAAGCCCGAGAUGGUGCAGGCCUGGAAGGACUGGACCGCCGGGCCUUUCGACUACCAGGAGCUGAAGGGAGCGGGUCACCUCACGGCCUUCUACAAGCCGGACUUGAAGAAGGCGUAUUUCACAAAGGUCACGGAUCUCAUGAAGAACUAUGCCGGCUUACACCGAUGCCAUGCAUCUGGGCAUGCAGAUGGCGCUGCCAUGAAGGAUUUCGGCAGCAUCCGCCUUCUGGCAACAGGCGAACUGACAGGUCAGAGAUAUGGGGAGACACCAUACAAGUUGUACGAGUCCACCGAUGGGCUCACGAGAGAGCAGCGUGAGCAAGCUCCCUACUUCUUCGUGUGGCUCCACGGUAUGGACAACGGCCCCAUCGCGCCGAAGAACCUGCAAACGAUGCAAGCGAGACUCCAGCGCCGUGUGAUCUUCAUGGCUCCUCAAAGCCCGACCGCGAAGAACGAGCUCCGCUUCGACUGGGGCUGCUGUUACUACAAGACCCAGAACAAGAAUCAGCUAGGUUAUGUCUUUGGCUCGUUGCAUCAGGAGUUUCUUCGCGAUUUCUCACAGCAGAUCGGCUUUCUGGCCUCGUUGUUUCAAGCUGAGCGUACCCUGGUGAUGGGGUACAGCAUGGGCGGAUUCGGCGCUUUCCAAGUCGGGGGAUUCUCCCCAGCCACCUUCGACGCGGUGGUGUCCGUGGCGGGCUACGGCCUCGGGACCCUCGAGGAAGGUGAGGGGACACCUCAGCCAGAAGCACGAGAGCGCUUCGAGCAGUUCCUCGACCAGGUAGCCACGCGCUUGUCAGACGUGCCCGUCGUGCUGGCGCUGCACGCACAGAAAGAUGGCAUGUCAAGCUUCACUGAUGUUAGCGCAAUCAUCGACAAGGUGAAGGAGUCGAGCCAGCAGCAAGGAAAAAAUAACGUCGUUGAGUUGUACCAGGUUCCAGAUGGAAAAGCUGAUUCUGACAAGAAAGGAAAGAAGCAGCACCGAAGAGGUCACCACUACUUCAACUACACCCUCCUCGACGGAUCCAGUGAAGAUUUCUUCUGGGCUAAUCUGCGAAGGUUCCUGGCAAAAGCUGAACGCCGCGGCGAGCUUUCAACUGUCACUGUCCAAAGUCGGAGACUUCCCUGGAGUGGCCGAGGAGCUGGGGGUAUGCCCUCGUGUCCGAAAUGUGAGCCAGAGGCGGCUCAGGACGAGGAGAUCGAGCCAGAGUUUGAACUGGAGCCAGACGAGGAAGAGGAGCAGGCCGGGACCUGGACCAAGGAGGAGGAGGAAGAUCCUGAACAGAUUCCCAGAUGGAGCAAGCUUGAAGAUGACCCUGAGCAGGAGGAGACCGGCGAGCUUGAGGAGAUGCCGGAGGAGCAGCUCGAAGAGGACGCAUGGCCGGGAGCAGAAGGCCCUGAGGGCCAGUCCUGGAAAGCGGUCUCAAGAGGCGGCCGUCGUCGCGUUGCGCCCUACUGA